AUGGCUCUCCAACAAGACGACAACGCCACAGACCACUCAACAACCAUGCAAACACACCGUCUAUUGAUAACCAUGGAUAGGAGUUCUUAUGCCGAAAGGACCCCAGAAGAAGACCCCAGCCAUCGAUAUGAACUCUUUCGCGAACUUUCAUUCCAAAGAACUAUUGAUCCUGACACAAUGCAACGGCAUAUCCUCAACCGUAUCUAUCGACUUGUCCACGGCUCCAACAAGAUCGAAGGUGUCGGUUUCAACUUGAAUAUCACAGUCGAACUUUGCCGAGCCAUUUUUGAAGGUUCAAUCAGUAAUCCAUUUGACCUCUUGGUUCUCGACGUGGAAAGCUAUCGAGAGAUGGGUCAGCAUCUCAAGGCUGCUCAAUAUCUUAUCUGCCAAAUCCUGAAGAACGAUCUGUCGGAGGCUAUGAUCAAGGAAACGCAUCGCCUCUUGACAAAUGAGUUCAAUCAGACUGACGGGACAUAUAAUACCGAGUACAGCGGUCAAUAUCGCACAUCUCCCCUACAGGCAACUUCCCGCCCGUACAUGGACCCCAGCAAGAUCCCUGCUGCGAUGGAGAAGAUGGUGGCCAGUUACAAAGCUGAUAUCCUGGCCGCCGGAAUAAAAGGAGAGGUUGAUCCCGUGGCGCUCGCAGCGAAAUACAGUCACAUUUUCCACAGUAUUCAUCCAUUCCACAGCGCCAACGGUCAAAUGAGUCGCCUUAUACUCAACGCCAUACUCUUCAAGUGGGCAGGAUGUCUUGCUCCUUUUGGUCAGGAUGAAGAGGAGUGCAGAGAGUAUCUUUCGAUCGUUACUGAAGCGAUGGAUCAGGAAACUUCUUUUGAGGCUGAGGGCUGUCAUGGAGUGUCUGAUGACUGCAGACCGAAACUUUAUAAGAAGUUGGCUUCCUAUAUUCUGAAGCAUGCGGCGGAGGGCAUGUUGCAGGUUUACGAGCCACUGUAG